UGUUCGCUAUACUACGACAGUCAGCUCGAGACACUCGAGCAUCGCACACUUUGAAUUCUAUCCUCGACAGUAGCCUAACGGCAUAAUGAGAGCGGUUUUAAUUUGUGUUUUAGCAGUCCUAGCUCUGGCCUGUGUAAAAACCGCAGUCAACGGGCUUCCAACAGAUAAUGGCGGUCUGGAUUUUUUCGCGAAGAGGCCAAAGAUUUGCGAGCCCGGAUCCACGAAAGCCCUGGACUGCAACACCUGUUUCUGCACCGCCGAUGGCACUGCAUGGGGCUGUACGCUGAUGGGGUGUCCCGAGCACUACCCCCAGCAUCGGCUUAAACGAGAGGUUGAUUCUCCCACGAAAAGACCAAAGAUUUGUGAGCCUGGAUCCACGAAAGCCCUGGACUGCAACACCUGUUUCUGCACCGCCGAUGGCACUGCAUGGGGCUGUACGCUGAAGGGGUGUUCCGGCCACUACAUCCAGCAGCGGGCCAAGCGAGCUGAAGCUGACUCUCAGUUUGUCGAAUCUGACGUAUCGAGGUUGGGUAGAAGUUUGAGCAAUGAAAAGUGCGAACCAGGGUCCAGAAAAUUUGAUGGCUGCAAUACCUGCACUUGUACCCUGGAUGGAAGCGGAUGGGGCUGCACUCGAAAAUUGUGUGAAGAAGGAAGAAUUGAAAUUGUAGAUUCAGGAAAGCAUUCCAAGCGAUCAGUCAAAGGAGCUUCGCAAGAUUGGCCAGACACGGAGCUAAAUCUGCAUCGUGUAAAUCCGUACAAACUAAUGUUGCACAAGAGAAGUAUCCCGAACUCUCAGGUCUGCAUACCGGGUACUACGAAACGCAAGGAAUGCAACGAAUGCCUCUGUGUCGGGGACGGUUCAGAGUGGUCCUGCUCCAGAAUGGAGUGUCUUCAAUUUGCAUCAACAUCCCGGAGUUCCGACGACGCUUCAAUAAAUCCAGAUCAAGCGAAAAAUUUGCGUCGUACGAAGCGAAAGUUACUGAUCAUGGGCCCCUGUGAUAGAGCAACGUACAUGUACGAAUGUAACCAUUGUUGGUGCGAAUCUGACAGUUGGGGCGGCCAUUACGCCUGCACCACGAAUCCCUGUCCAACUUCUACGCCGCUAUGCUUUUUGAUUCUCGUGGUGUUGGCGAUUGGAAUCCACGGACACCCAAGUGGCAAAGUACGGGAACAGAUUUGCACACCAGGGACACAGACUAAGGUAGACUGCAAUAUGUGCACCUGUUCUGAGGAUGGAACUGCUUUGGCCUGCACUAAAAUGAUGUGCGUAGAAACACUAAGAGAAUAUUUGAAUGCGAAUGGCUUACGAAAACUUCCUAAUCAAGACAACCCGUUGCUUCGUACCAAACGAGAUCAAGUGUGCCAGCCCAAUGCCGUGAGAAUAUUGGAUUGCAAUACUUGUCGAUGCAACCCGCAGGGAACCGCCGAGGCGUGCACCAGGAGUAUAUGCCCAAAACCUCAGGAACUUCCACGGGUACGACGUGAUCUCCCCAAUCCUCUGAAAUGCAAGCCGAAUGAAGGCUUCAUGGAUGAUUGUAAUCAUUGUUGGUGUUCGCGGGAUGGUCGUUCAGCUGCUUGUACCCUGAUGGCAUGUCCUCCUAACAACCUUACGAGACAGCGACGUGAGACUCGCUGUACACCAAACGAAAGGUUCAUGGACGACUGUAAUCAUUGCACAUGUUCACCCGAUGGUCGGUCUGCGAUAUGUACGCUCAUGGGGUGCCUGCCAAAAGAUUUUAAGCCGCCGUCUCUUCGGACAUAGGCGACAUUGCAAAACUAGGUGUUCACUCGAUGGUCAGUCAGCUGCUUGCAUAUUGAUAGCUUGUUGUAGAAAAAUUAAUCCACUUAAUACACACAAGCCCAAAAUAAAUUUCGGAAAAGCACUGAAAACGUCAAUUCUGUGGGAGUUUUUAUAUAUUUAAUAUAUCUUCAAAAGAUUUCACCUCGGUGUUAGCUUAAGUGUCUGUAAAUAUACGUGAUAAAUUUGUACGCGAUGUAAUAAUGUGAAUAAAUGGUUGUUGGGUAGACAUUAA